AUGGAUCCAAACGUCUUUGCUUGGAUCUUCCCGAGCGGGAGUGUCUACAACUUUAUGGACGCAAUCAAUAGCAGCGGGAAUAGCCACUUUAAGUUACCCGUAUAUCCGGUUCCGCGCAGUCUAGUGCUAAAAGACUUCGGUAAAGGCGGCUACGCCGAAGUUAAUAAAACCCCGCGCUCGAAUAAGCGUAAACGUGUUACCGAAGAUCUCCCCGCCGGUAAAAAUAAGACCUUAAUAACGCUUAACCUCGAGGGUAUCCCCACGCGCUAUAUUACGCACCUUAGAAGGGCGCUAAUCGCGGCCGCUAAGGAGAAUAUCCUAGUAGGCGAUAAUAACGAGGAUCUUCUAGAGGAUAACUGGUAG